GAGACUGCAAUCAAGUUGAAGUACACCAAACCAUUGUUGUAGUGUGGCUCAGUUUGAGAUCAGAAAAACUGAAUUGAACGCUAACUCUGUGUACAAGUCGGAACGCAAAUUUGUGAAACAUCGCUCUAAAGUUUUUGCGUAAACAGGUACGAUAUUGGUAUAAAAGCAGCCGGAAGUUGGAGCCGUUAUAAUGGAACUUCCCUGCCUGAAAGUUCUGACCAUUUUCCUCUUGAUUUCCGGCCUGGUGGUGUGUUCCUUGACUGAAAACGAGGAUGAAAUCUCUAGGGAGGAAAGCACGGAUCUGAAAAAUUACGUGAGAGAGGUUCACCAAGCAAUGUCCAACCAUCUUGCGACACGUGAGACGUCUAAGGACGACCAACCUGCGACACGUGACACGUCUGAUGGCGGCUCAGCAUCUGACAGUAAAAUAGAUACCAUGGGGCUCGGCCGUCGAAAAGCAGGAAUGAAAAGAAGCAAAUUCGGCCGCAUCAAGUUUUUACGCCUACACAGUGGAUAUAAUUAGGCCCCCUAUGCCUUGUUCUAGUACAUUGUACCGUCCUUGUUCCACAAUACCUAUGUUCCCCCAAAUCCUUAGGGUAGGGUUAGUGUAAGGGUUGGGGACAUAGGUACAUUGGGGGACAUAAUAGUAUACACCCCCGUAGGCAGAUGUAGCGCAAGUUGUCAUCAUUUACACGUCAAUAAUUAACCACAUUCUGAGGUCAUUAUAAAGGACAAUAAUGUAACACGGUUGCGAUCGAUGCGAAAUGUGCAUGGGAUGCAAGAUUUUAAUUUCAGUUUUCUCUAACAGAAUAAUUACCUUUAUCAUGCUGCCAGCAUGUCAAUUAUGUUCCCUGUAUGCAAUAA